AAAAUUUAGUGGAUGAGUAGCUUUUGGAAUAAAUGGUGUUUUUUUCGUUCUUUAUGUGAUAGUUAAUUAGUGCUCAUCUAAAUAUCUAAUGGAACGUUUUCGCCGUCUUUGGAAAAAAAACAAAUAUGAAUUUCCUAACAGAUUCAUCUUUAUUGGAAAUACUACUCCUGAGGGAGUUCAACCUCCGGCCAAUUACGAUCGCCAAAAGUAUCCGGAUAAUGAAGUCAUCUCCUCAAAGUACACUGUGCUCAACUUUUUACCAAAAAACCUGUUUGAACAGUUUCGGCGAAUAGCAAACACGUAUUUUCUUCUCAUUGGCAUCAUCAUGCUCGUGAUCAACAGUCCUGUCAGUCCGUGGACAACUUGGCUCCCGCUACUAUUCGUCGUUAUCAUCACGGGUGCAAAACAAGGCUAUGAAGAUUUUUUGCGACAUGUUAGAGAUCGUGAAGUGAAUUUGCAACUUAUCGAUAUCGUUCGCAAUGGAGAAAUUCAAAAGGCAAAAGCAAAAGAUAUUCGCUUAGGUGAUAUCGUGAGGAUUAAAGAAGAAGAGAGUUUCCCGUGCGAUUUAGUGUUACUGUCUUCAUCCGACGAAGAAGGCAAAUGUUACCUGACUACAGUCAAUCUAGACGGUGAAACCAAUUACAAGACCAAAAUUAGCGCCAAAACAACACGAGAUUUCGAUCAACCAGAAAAACUGGAGAGAUUGAGAGGUCACAUUGAAUGUCAACAACCAACUGUAAACUUGUAUCAGUUUAUUGGAACGUUGACGGUAUACGAACGUGACGGUCUGGGUGCAAUUAGUUCAACUAAAGCUUCCUUAGGACUAGACAACCUACUACUUCGCGGAGCGAAACUCAAAGACACAGAUUUCAUUUAUGGAUGCGCUGUGUAUACUGGUCAACAAACUAAGCUUGGCCUUAACUCCUUGAUAACUAGGAAUAAAUUUUCUACGGUAGAGAGGAGUAUGAAUCGCUAUCUUGUAGUGUUCAUGGGUAUUCUCGCACUGGAAAUAGUCUUGUGUACCAUGCAAAAAUAUUUAUUUCUCUCAAAUUUAGAUGAGGCCUAUUAUCUUGGAGAGAAAGAGGAAGUUUCAUUAGUUGGCGUGUUGGCAGACUUGUCAGCCUUUCUUGUUAUUUUUAGCUAUAUCGUUCCUAUUUCCCUAUACACCACGUUAGAGGUGCAAAAGUUUACGAGCAGUCAAUUUUUUGGAUGGGACCUUAAGCUAUACUGCGAGUCUACAGAUGAACCUGCCAUCUGCAACACGUCUGACUUGAACGAAGAGCUGGGACAAGUCCAAUAUCUUUUUACCGAUAAAACUGGAACACUAACUGAAAAUUGUAUGCAAUUCCGACAAUGUUCCAUCGUGGGUAAGAAGUAUACCGAAGAAAAUGGCAUGCUGAUGGUUGCUUUGGAUGGUAGUACAUUAAACUUGCAGCGCGUUGAACACUUGUCGCCUGCUGAGGAGCAAUUUCUAAUCACACUAGCUCUGUGUCACACUGCAACUGUUACCAGUCCCUUUAGAAGGAAGGAUUCGUCAUUGAACUCUAAGUCUGGCAACGAAAACCCAGUCUUUACUACUCAUGAAAACGAUUUCGAGUAUCAAGCUUCCAGUCCAGACGAGAAGGCGCUCCUUGAAGCUUGCCAAAAGUUUGGAAUAAUCUAUCAUGGAGAAACUGGUGGCAUUUGCACCAUUUCCGUCAAUGGUGAAAAGAGAACCUAUCGCCGCUUGCACAUUUUAGAAUUCGAUUCGAAUCGAAAACGAAUGUCGGUUAUAGUUAAGUUUCCUGACGACUCUAUUUGGCUACUGUGUAAGGGCGCCGAAAGUACAGUCCUACCGAAGUGCAUCGCAGGAUGGAAAGAUGAAACAGAGCAACACAUUAAAGACUACGCAAUGCUUGGACUGCGUACACUGACGAUAGCAUCAUGUCGUCUAAAUCAAGAAAAAUACGAAGAAAUUGACAAUCUACUUGAAGGUGCUCGUCAAACAAUGGAGGACAGAGAAAAGGAAUUAGCAAGUUGUUUUGAUGCAGUUGAAGUUGAUUUAACAUUGUUGGGAGCAACGGGGGUGGAAGAUCAACUUCAAGAAGAAGUGCAAGAGACGCUUGAAUCUCUAAAAAUUGCUGGAAUUAAAGUAUGGGUGUUAACUGGUGAUAAAUUAGAAACUGCCGUUAAUAUUGCAUAUUCAUGUGGUCAAUUCAAACGAGGGAUGCACAUUUUUGAAUUGAGUUCGUCUGAGGAAGUCGAAGACAAGUUGACCCAGUACAGAAAAACGAUACGAGAUGAGUGCGACCGUCAUUAUGGAAUGGUGAUUGAUGGCCAUUGCCUGUCUACGGCGUUAACCCAACACCGAACACUUUUAGCAGAAGUGACGAAACACUGUGAAGCUGUCGUCUGUUGCAGAAUGUCGCCCAUUCAAAAAGCUGAGGUGGUAAAACUAGUCAAAGAAUUUCCCGAGAAACCCACAACUGCUGCGAUUGGGGACGGAGCAAACGAUGUAUCUAUGAUUCAAGAAGCUCAUAUCGGCUUAGGUAUAAUGGGCAAAGAAGGUAGGCAAGCUGUUCGGUGCGCGGACUUUGCCUUUGCGCGUUUUCACUAUUUGCGCAGGGUGUUAUUCAUUCACGGUCAAUGGUAUUACUGGCGUAUCUCUUCUUUGGCAAUGUAUUUCUUUUAUAAAAACCUCGUAUUCAACACGCCAGUCGUCUUCUUUUCCAUCUUCAAUGCCUAUUCUACUCAGCCUGUAUAUGAUAGUUUUCUACUGACAAUGUACAACAUUACGUUCACUGGCUUGCCGGUGUUUCUUUUCACCGUACUGGACCAAAAUUUCACAGAAACACAGCUGCUUAACAAUCUUCACUUGUACGGUUCCACAACAGGGGACGCCCGCAUGAGUUGGAAACAGUUCUUUAAAUGGAAUAUUCUUGCUCUUUGGCACGCUAUCGUGAUCUAUUUCGGAACGCAUUUGCUAUACUACUACGAAUGCGACGUUGUCUAUGCCGGUCAGCCAUUGGACUUUGUCACUUUUGGAACGAUAAUGUGUCAAGUUGUGGCCUGGGUGACUAAUUUAAAGCUUCUUUUGGAGUCACGUUAUUGGACUCUUUUAUUCACGGCCUCAGUCGCCGUUUCAAUUAUGCUGGGUUUUUCCGCCGUUGUACUCAUCUACUGCGCAUACGACUUUAAUUUCGUAGAUAGCAACGCAAUGUUAUGGAUUUAUAUGGUAUCUUCUUCUUCUCCCGCUGCUUGGCUAUUGCACUUCAUGCUGGUGGUUUUGUGCCUUUUACCGGAUCUUCUUGUGCUCAUGGCUGAGACACAUGUAAUCCACAACGACAUAGUUUAUACUAAAUCAUCGAUGCAACGAGCUAACAGUAAACUAAAUCGGAUCGUAUCCUAUAUGACUCAGCGAUCAAAGAAGUCGGUAGAUUUAACAAUAUAGACUUCUUUGAUUAACGAAGCCAUUGACUAACCACAAUUUAACGUCAAGAACUUUGUUCCCCUAAACCUACUCCAUGACAAGGACGGUGCUGUCAAAUAUUUUGACUUCAAAUUUACUUAUGAAUAAUAUAUAUAUUAUGUACAAUUCAUUUUCACAUACAAAGGACAAUGACUUCUUUGAUAUAAA